GACUUUGAGGUUACGUUAACCCGGUUAACCGUCAAAAAAACAAAAUCGUUUGCCAGCUUCAAAAAAGAUCAAAUAAUUUAAGUGUCAUACCUACCUCAAUCAAAAAUGGAAAUCUCAGACGAUAAUUUACAAACUCUUGCGCGUUAUUUGCAAGAAACGUUAAAUCCUGACGUAAAUGUCAGAAGACCAGCCGAAAAGUUUUUGGAGGGUGUUGAAGUGAACCAAAAUUACCCGCUGUUAAUGCUUCAUUUGGUACAUAAGCCUGAAAUUGAUAUGACAAUUCGUAUUGCUGGGUCAGUGGCUUUUAAAAACUAUAUAAAAAGAAAUUGGAAUGUGGAGGAAGAUCAAGCAGAUAGAAUUCAUCAAGCUGACAGAGCAGCUAUAAAAAAUUUGAUUGUAACAUUAAUGUUAACUUCACCAGAAUCCAUACAAAAACAGUUAAGUGAUGCUAUUAGUAUCAUUGGAAAAACUGAUUUUCCACUUAAAUGGCCGGAGUUGAUCACUCAAAUGGUUGAGAAGUUUGCAACAGGAGAUUUUAAUAUCAUUAAUGGUGUUCUACAAACUGGCCAUUCUUUAUUUAAAAAAUACAGAUACGAAUUUAAGUCAAAUGAAUUGUGGACUGAGAUCAAAUAUGUGUUGGAGAAGUUAGCAAAGCCCCUAACUGAUUUAUUAGUGGCUACUGUGAAUCUUGCACAAACUCAUGCUAGUGAUCCAAAUGCGCUUAAAAUAAUUUAUCAUUCUUUAAUGUUAAUUUGUAAAGUAUUUUACUCAUUGAAUUUCCAAGAUUUGCCUGAAUUUUUUGAAGACAACAUGCAAACUUGGAUGUCAAAUUUUCAUAAUUUGUUGUGUGUUGAUGUAAAUAGUUUAAGAACAGAGAGUGAGGAAGAGGCAGGGGUCAUUGAGCAAUUAAAAUCGCAAGUUUGCGAUAAUAUUGCGCUUUACGCGCAAAAAUAUGAUGAAGAGUUUCAGCCCUAUUUGCCACAGUUUGUGACUGAUGUUUGGGGGUUAUUGGUAGGAACAGGACUCCAACCAAAGUAUGAUUUGCUGGUUUCAAAUGCACUUCAGUUUUUGUCCACUGUGGCUGAAAGAAAUCACUAUAGAAACUUGUUUGAGGACAAUACAGUUCUAAGUAGCAUUUGUGAAAAAGUUAUUAUUCCAAAUAUGGAGUUUAGAGUUUCUGACGAAGAACUCUUCGAAGACAACCCCGAAGAGUACACGCGCCGCGACAUCGAAGGCUCAGACGUGGACACGCGUCGCCGCGCCGCCUGCGACCUCGUCAACACCCUGAGCGUGCACUUCGAGCAACGCAUCAUGGAAAUAUUCGGCCAGUACUUGCAAGGCAUGAUGGGCAAGUACUCGGAAAAUCCGAAGCAAAACUGGCGCAGCAAAGAUGCCGCUCUCUAUCUUGUUACCUCGUUGGUCAGCAGGGGGUCCACGCAGAAGCACGGGGUCACGCAGACCAGCCACCUCGUUUCCAUACCGCAGUUCUGUCAGCAGCAAAUUUUGCCCGAACUCGAACGCCAAGACGUUAAUGAGUUGCCUGUACUAAAAGCUGACGCGAUAAAAUACGUAAUGACGUUCAGAAGUGUUUUACCAAACGAAAUGGUAGUGUCCACCCUACCUCAGUUAAUAAGACAUAUGACGUCAGAAAGCGCGGUGGUUCACACAUACGCAUCAUGCGCACUAGAAAAAAUACUCAUACUUAAGGACGCCGGCAAUAAACCUCUUGUUACAGGAGCUCAAUUAGAGCCUUUAUCCAACGAGUUACUGUCAAAUCUAUUUGGUGUUUUAACACGUCCAGUUUCUGAAGAAAAUGAAUAUGUCAUGAAAGCAAUGAUGAGAACUUUCUCAACAUUACAAGAAAGGGUGGUUCCAUUUUUGAGCGUUGCUUUGCCCAAAUUAACAGAAAAACUACAAAUGGUUGCCAAAAACCCUUCUAGACCGCAUUUUAAUCAUUAUUUGUUUGAAACUUUUUCUCUAGCUAUCAGAAUUGUGUGCAAGCAAAACCAAUCAGCUGUUAAAUCCUUUGAGGAUAUUUUGUUCCCGAUAUUCCAAGGAAUCCUACAAGCUGACAUUCAAGAGUUUAUUCCCUACGUUUUCCAACUACUAUCUCUGCUAAUGGAAAACACGCCCCCUGGUGCCGUGCCUGAAACGUACAUGCAGCUGUUGCCAUGUUUGCUGGCUCCAGUGUUGUGGGAAAGACCAGCAAAUAUUUCCCCCUUGGUGCGGUUAUUAAGCGCUUUUGCAACUCAGGCCGCGCCUCAAAUUGUUGGGCAAGAUAAAUUGGGUGGAUUUUUGGGAGUUUUUCAGAAGCUGAUAGCUUCAAAAUCCAAUGAUCAUGAAGGUUUUCAUUUGAUGAGGUGUAUAAUACAAAAUGUUCCAACUGAAGCUUUACAAGCCUACAUGAAACAAGUAUUCUUUCUACUUUUCCAAAGGUUAUCAUCAAGCAAAACCACAAAGUUUGUUAUAAAUUUAAUUGUUUUCUUCUGUUUGUAUGCUGUUAAAUAUUCAGCAAACGAUUUGGUCGUUACUAUUGACGGAAUUCAGGCACAGAUGUUUGGUAUGGUUCUGGAAAAAAUCCUUAUCCCAGAUUUGCAAAAAGUUGCUGGCAACGUUGACAGAAAAAUUGUCGCUUGUGGUAUCACAAAGUUGCUGUGUGAGUGUCCAGAAAUGUACACAGGGACGUAUCAAAAAUUCUGGCCCCAAUUAUUACAGGCAUUAAUCGCAUUCUUUGAAAUGCCAGUAGAUGAAACAAGUCUCCCAGACGAUCAUUUCAUUGAAAUCGAUGACACUCCAACAUUCCAAACAGCUAGUGCCAAAUUAAACUUUGCAAAUACACAAAAAACCGACCCCUUACAAGCUGUUGGUGAGCCUAGACAAUUUUUGGCGCAAAGUUUAGCAUCUUUAGGCAGUUCGCAACCAGGUCGCCUACCAAGUUAUAUUUCAAACACAAAUCAACAAUCUCAAACCACUUUGCAAGGAUAUUUGUCAAAAUUCGGAGUUCAACUCUCCUAAUUAAUUAAUUUAUAUAGUAAUUGUUAAUUUUUUAAAGGACUGAAAACCACAUUUUUACUGUCUAGUUUUUGUGUUUAUGUUUUACUAUCACUAAGUACUAAAUUAUUUUUGUAAGGAAAUAAAAGUAAUCCGUUUUAA